AUGGCGUCAAACAAGCCGCUUGCUGCGUUUAAUGAUUAUAUCACCUUCCCGGCUUUCCCAACCAAAGUCGUCACUGUCUGCUGGUAUCAAAACAGUUCCACGUGGCGGGAGGAGGAAUACUACUCUGCCCCUUGCUUCACGAAGAAUAGUGUCACAAAUGUUUCCAUCCGAACCACCAUCUUCAUCGCACGCGAAUGGGUUGACAAGUUUUACUAUUUUGCGCCCGAAUGGACCGAACUCCGAAAGUCCCACAUUCUAUCGUUGGAUGGAAAGACCGUGGCUGAAUCACAAGAUGUGACAAACAAAUGGGUUGAAACGAAAAUCACCAAGAAUUUUUUCUAUGGGCAAGACAAGGCGGACUCAGCUACCUCUCGAAAUCUUGUUAUGGAAGUGGCCGAUGAAGUGGCUGCAGUAGUCAACUCUACGAGUGUCACCGUGUCCCAAGCAUCGACCGGCACUUCAUUUGCCUCGAACCUUCCAGGGGACGUCAUAAAAAAGUUAAUGUCCAUGGGCAUUGCUAAAUUCGGACAUCAGCUUCACCGAUUUGGUGAGGAUCAUCCGGAAUUGAAGUUGGAGGUAUCUGAUGAAGAUUAUCGUGCAAUGUACGACCAACUAUGUCUUCUCGCGUCGCAAGGGAAAGUCGAUAUUGCUAUAACGGGUAUGGCGCAGGGGACUUUCAAAUCCUCAGGCGGUAAUGGCAAUCCCCCGGGCGGCAACGACAAAUCCUCGGGCGGUAACGCUCCAAGCAUUAGAAGACUCAACCAAACUAAAAUAUCUCCUAGUCUAAUAUGA